AUGCUCUUUUUUCUUAUUUGGGAUUUGAUUGUGGGAAUUCAAUCUGCUGCUACUGUGACAUCUCAUCAACUUCAAAUGGAAGCAAAUGCUAUAUUGAAUAGUGGAUGGGUGAACAUAGACAAUAUGGUUCCUGACUACAAUAUAUCUAAUCGUUGUAAUUGGCCUGAUAUAACUUGCAACGAAGUAGGAAGCAUAAAAGCAAUCAACAUAGACAAUAUGAUGCCUCGCUAUACAGGGACGGUGCUAUUUGAAAGACUCAACUUGUCUACUUUUCGCAAUUUAGAAAGUCUUGUUGUCAUUGGACAUCAUCUUCCAAAGACAAUUUUAAAAGAAAUUUGUCUUCUCUCCAAGCUCACUCAUCUUCAACUAUCUAGGAAUUAUCUUGAAAGUCAGGUACCUCAUUCACUGGGAAAUCUCUCAAAGCUCACUCAUCUUAAUCUGUCUAACAAUAUUCUUGUAGGUAAGCUACCUCCUUCAAUAGAAAAUCUCUCCAAGCUCACUCAUCUUGAUUUGUCUGCCAAUUCUCUUAAAGGCCAGGUACCUCCUUCAAUAGAAAACCUUAGACAAUUAAACUACCUAAACAUCUCUUUUAACUUUAUUCAAGGUUCCAUCCCUCCUGAAUUGUGGUUGCUAAAAAAUCUCACUUGCUUAUAUCUAUCUAACAAUAGAUUCAAAGGUGAGAUACCUUCUUCCCUAGGAAAUCUCAAACAAUUACAGGUGUUAGACAUCUCUCACAACAACAUUCAAGGUUCCAUUCCUCUUGAGUUGGGGUUCUUGGAAUAUCUCUCUUCAUUAGAUCUAUCUCACAAUAGACUUAAUGGUAACCUGCCUAUUUUUCUUUCAAAUCUUACACAAUUACAAUACCUUGACAUUUCCCAUAAUUUACUCAUCGGUACGCUUCCUUCCAAUUGGUUUCCAUUUAAUAAUUAUCUACUUUCCAUGGACCUCAGUCACAACCUCAUUAGUGGUAAAAUCCCUUCUCAUAUUGAAGAUGUUUAUUACAAACUUAAUUUAAGCAAUAAUAAUCUCUCUGGAACAAUUCCCCAAUCUCUCUGUAAUUUCUAUUAUUAUGUGGACAUUUCAUACAAUUGUUUGGAGGAUCCCAUUCCAAAUUGUCUUCAGCCAAGUAACAAGGAAAAUAAUAAUCUCACUGUAAUAUCUUUUAACCAAUUCCAUCCUUGGCCAAUACACAAGAAAAAUAAAAAAUUAAAGCACAUUGUUGUCAUUGUUCUUCCGAUCCUUAUUCUUCUAGUCCUAGUCUUCUCACUUCUCAUAUGCUUGAAUCUUCAUCAUAAUUUUCGUAACAAGUUGGAUGGAAACUCAACAAAAACAAAGAAUGGAGAUAUGUUUUGUAUAUGGAAUUAUGAUGGGAAGAUAGCAUAUGAUGACAUCGUUAGAGCAACGGAAGACUUCGACAUGAGAUAUUGCAUUGGAACAGGAGCAUAUGGAAGUGUUUACAAGGCACAAUUACCAAGUGGCAAGGUUGUUGCCUUAAAGAAACUUCACGGCUAUGAAGCAGAGGUUCCAUCUUUUGAUGAGAGUUUCAGAAAUGAAGUGAAAAUAUUAUCAGAAAUAAAGCACCGACAUAUUGUGAAGCUUUAUGGAUUCUGCUUGCACAAAAGAAUCAUGUUUUUGAUCUAUCAAUACAUGGAGAAAGGAAGCUUGUUCUCUGUCUUGUAUGAUGAUGUAGAAGCCGUGGAAUUCAAGUGGAGAAAAAGGGUUAACACUAUUAAAGGAGUUGCAUUUGCUCUUUCAUAUCUUCAUCAUGAUUGCACUGCUCCAAUCAUGCAUAGAGAUGUAUCUAGUAGCAAUAUAUUGCUAAACUAUGAGUGGCAGGCUAGUGUUUGUGACUUUGGCACAGCUCGACUCCUUCAAUAUAAUUCAUCCAAUCGAACUAUAGUUGCUGGAACUAUUGGAUAUAUAGCUCCUGAGCUUGCUUAUACAAUGGCUGUGAAUGAAAAGUGUGAUGUAUAUAGUUUUGGUGUAGUGGCACUUGAAGCUUUAGUUGGAAGGCACCCUGAGGAUAUAUUGUCAUCACUUCAAUCAAAUUCGACACAAAGUGUCAAACUAUGUCAAGUAUUAGACCAGCGUCUUCCACUUCCAAAUAACGAUGUAGUUAUACGUGACAUAAUUCAUGUUGCCGUGGUUGCAUUUGCAUGCUUAAAUAUCAAUCCUCGUUCUCGACCAACAAUGAAACGUGUGUCACAAAGUUUUGUCACGGAGCUCACACCAUUAAGCAUUCCUUUGAGUGAAAUUUCAGUGCAACAACUCAUGAGUCAAGAACUGAAAGGAUUAUUUUAUAUUGGGAACCCCUGAAAGAAAAACUUCAUAAUGAAUUAAUUUGGGUGUGUUAUUAUUCAAUGUUGACAAAUGCUGUAAAAUUUUGUUGUUCAGAUAUCUCAAAUAUAUGUUUAAAUGUCUUCAUGUUUUCUGAUUUUGAAUAAAAUAGAACUAC